AUGAUUACGUUAACGACUGUAUUAUUAGCGUUAAGUUUGGAUCAACUUUUGGAUACACUCGAGAACACAAAUUUAUAUAAUUAUUUUGUCCACAACUUCACCGAAAUGUGGUCUCAAUUCACAAGUUUUGUUCAGAUUUUGGCUGUUUUUGUCGAUCGGAACCGCUUUUACAAUAUCUUUGCCGAAACAAUGGCCAACACUCGAAAAUGUCCCAAAACUGGCGCUUCAUUCAUAUCUCGACUCACAUUUUCAUGGUUUACACCAAUGAUUAUGAAUGGCUAUUGGAAACCAUUGACGGAUGAAGACAUGUGGCCACUGGAAGUCGACAACGAAGCAAAGAAUUGUGUCCAACAAUUCAAUAAACACCGGCAUCAAUUAAGUGAAAACGAGGCCAAACCACCGGUCAAUAUAUUGCCCACAAUUUUGCGGACACACGGCCCGAGUCUAGCAUUGAAUUCGGUGACAAAACUGGUAUCAACUCUACUAACUCUAUCACAACCUGUAAUACUCGACCAAUUGAUCACGUUUUUGACUGCGAGUGGCCAGACCUUAGCCGAACCCGAUUGGAUCGGCUAUACAUAUGCAUUGUUAUUAUUUGUCUGUCCAGUGCUGGCUUCAGUAUUGAAUGCACAGCACAACUACUGGUCUAAUGUGAUUGGUCUGCGAAUCCGGACAUCGAUUACGGCUAUAUUAUAUGAAAAAUCCAUAAAGCUGUCCAGCAGUGGCCGCAAAGACAACACCUCUGGGGAACUGUUGAAAAUGCUGUCCACAGACAUGCAUUAUAUCAUGUUUUUCGUGCCAUACUAUGACAAUCUAUGGAUCAGUCCAUUGAAAUUGUUGGUCUCGAUCUGGUUAUUGUGGGCACAGUUGGGUGCGGCCAGUCUUCCCGGUGUUAUAUUUAUAUUAGUCAUUGUGCCCAUCAAUACGUACAUGAAUGCAAUACCCGGAUGUCAGUACCGGACCAGUUGGCCAUCACAUAUCAAUAGGCACCAAAGACAUCAUCAAACACCCGGCUAUCGAUAUAACCCGCUUAUGGUUCCGCGCCGUUUGGUUAACACUACUCUUCGACCCAAAUAA